CCACGAUACGAUGGUCAGCUGGCCGUAGAGUGAACAGCAAUCUCAACGAGGAUGGCAACUCCUUCAAGACCGAGGAUGACAAGAGCAGAGAAGCAGCUAGGUGCUCUUGCGUCGCGUGAGCAGUCGAAGGCAAGCGUGAGGGCGGAACAUGUACUUACCCACGGCUGUAUAGAUCAUCGCAUUGUGCGUCGGAUCCAUUCAGGAUUCCUCGAUCUAGGCUUCCUCAAUCACGAAGAUUGCAGAGCAUCGUCCAGAAACGCAUGUAAGCCAACUUUAUUCUGCUGAUCAACAUACCACUGGAUUGAUUCCAGGCGAGGCUCGAAACUUGAAUCUUGCUUAGGUUGGGAUACUCACACAUUUCAAAAGAUCCGCCAGAGCAAGCUGCGGGUCGACCGUUGCAGCCCUUGCAGCAUAUACAUCUCAUCUGCCACGGCAUCAGCAGCGCAGACACCAGACGACGCCCAUACCUGAAGAAGACCACGCUGGAGCAACAGAUGGACAACGAUCGCCAUUUAAUCGCUCAACCCUUGAGCAGCAACUUCCACGCUGCCUGCUGCUUGGGCUUCUUGCUCGGGAGAGCUUGGCUGGCGAGAGCUCGGUGGCUGUGUGGCUAGCCUGUCAUCGCGCCGUCCAAGACGUGCAUGCAGAGCCGACUGGCCCUGAGUCUAGCAUAGCUAUAGUCAUCGGUGCCGUUUGGAAUCCGGGCACAAGCUCAAGAACCAUCUGGCGCAUACACUCACGCGCGCAGUUGUGAAAUGCUCCUGCGGGAGCGGUGUCAACAACGUUGAUUGGAUUCGGUUUGUAAGACUUCAAGCUGUUUAAGAUCCUGCUGGUUGCGUUGCGGUGGAGAUCUACGAAGCGGCUUCCCGCCUCGCUCAUUCCGCCUGAGUCGUAGAAGCACGGAUUCACCUCGACCACGGCGACUUGAUGAUUCACUCGAGACACGAAGCAUGCUGGGCGCGGCUCUCGCCAAACAAGGUUGCAUAAUGCAGACAAUUGUGAUUAGCCCAAACAGGAAAAGAGUAUAACAGGUAUAUGUAUAGCUCAUAGAGCCGUUAUAGCAGCAGCGAUAUAGCUCAAUGGUGUGAUCCGUGGUUGAAGGGCCACGAGCGCUUCACGAUUGCCUCCAUGGCUAUCCUGGCUUGGGCAGGCGUCAACGCGCGCGAUGCCCGUGCCUCGAGCCUGCGCCCGAGCGCGCCUCCCUCAAGCAUCCGCGGCGAGACCAAUCCGCGAGUAAACAUCAUUCGCGCGCAGGGCACUGAACGAGGCAUCUACAGCAGGCACGCGCAGGCGAUCCUUUGUGGGACGGAGUCCACAUGAGCUGCAGAUGAUGUUGAACAGCUCUGCACGAGUAAGUAUAUAGCCAAAGGGUCUAAAUUGAAGAUUCCUGAUUGUGAGCAGCCAGCUAGCUGUGCCGGUCGGCCGUCUCGAAGGUCUGAGGUUGCACAAAGUCCUUCCCGGCGUAAGCCCACGCGGGGCUCGAGCAAAGUUGGCUCUUUGGGGUCUGCAUAGACUUCAGACAGCAGAGCCGUCACACUCACUUUGGUCUUAAGCAUUCACUGUUUGCAAUCUUUCAUCAGCGCUCGCCUUUGUAGCGAGGGUCUCUGUAGCCACUCUGGAGAUCUGGCUUCGGUAGCCUCGUCAGGCCACUCGCGACUUGCUCUUAUUUAGCCACUCAGAACAAACACGCUCGCGCUUGCAGGGUUGAGCCGGUCGGACCACGUGCAUGUGCAUCAUCACUCGAAGUUACCUACAACAGCCUUCUAAUGGUGCUCAAUAACAAGCUGUCGGACGCUAGCAAACGGUCAGCAACGGAUCUGGUGGCCUUCACACCCUAAUCGCCACUCCCCCGUGCCGCUUGUGAGCGUCUGGACAAGUUUGGGCGCCGUUACUCGCUCCACGCAACACGACUUUUCGCUCUCAUUAGCUGCCCGAAAGCUUUCGCGGCAACACCGCCAUCGUCACUUCUUCACACGGCAUCUUGUAGGCUUGUUAUCUCUGAAAUCAACGUGGGAUGCCAAAGCUACGGAGCGACCCUCACAUCUUUUGGAUGCUACAGUGGCAGGAGUAGUGACCCAUCGACAGUGGAGGACUUACCUGGUGCACAUAUAUCUCUGCUUCCUUGCCUCCUGGAAGGAACCGAGCAGUGGUCUGGAGGGCUGCAACUUCGGCAAACCGCCGCUCGCGCCACAGGCAAAGGCUCAGCGUCGCACCAAACCGACCCACAUUCUGCCGAGUAUAUGCUCUUCGUUGAGGGGAAGGUGACUUCACAGUCUCGGCACAUAGUCCUUCGACCAGCUGUUCAGCUCUUCAACAGGUGUCAUCA